ACACUUGGCACACGAAUAAAUAAAUAAAAAUCUGGAGUAUUAUACUUCCACUGAUUUCUGUCUUAGCUGUUUUACAUUGCAUUUGUAAUGAGAUUGCUGUAACUUUUAUCUUUUGUGGAGUGGAGUGAAAUAUCUUAUACUGAAAAAUGAAGUCCUGUUUCAAAAGAAAUAAAUCUGUCAGCAUGACUUUUUUGGGCUUGAAUUUGAAUAGGGAAAUGUGUAAAAUUACAGAAAUAUAUAACUUAUUUUGGUGUAACAUGAAUACCCAUGGGGAGCAGGGGGCGUCUUUAUGGGUAAAAAGUUUCUGUUCUCCUUGACAUUUUACAAAGCCAUCCAGUGGGCCGGAUUGGUGUCUUUGCUUGGCUGAUUCUGGCCCCCGGGCCUUAUGUUUGACACCCCAGGCUUAGGCCCUCCUUUAGUUACACUUUCAUGUAAUUUUAAAUAUAGAGUCAACUGUAUCCUAAGGGCUUAGUAACGCGGUGUGUUUUCAUUUACAGGUGUAGAUGCCGCCACAAAAAAGGUGUUACAAAUAACACGAUUUUCUGCGGUAACUGCGCUGAACGGUGUGUGUGCUAUUGUGAGAGCGGGAUCUCCCUCGCUUUCCCUUGAAUGACAUUUCAGGAGGAAACACAUUUGUAACACAGCACGUACAGUAGCUAUACUCUCACUCCGGCCCCCCCUCCCCAUCCAAUUUACCAGCAUGCGACGCAUUUAGAUUCCUGGGGGUGUAGCCGCACUACAUGGCUCUCACAUGACUUCACCGCAUAUUAUAAGGCAGCUCGGAAGCCAAUGAGCUCUCGCUGUUUAAAUGACGUCAGGGGGCGGGUCGGCAUGGCUCUUUGUAUGUGUGUGCAUGUGCGCAGGUGUGCGUGUGUACAGAAGCCCCCCCUACCCUCCACCCUCCCGUCCUCGUCCCCUCCUCCGUCAGGCAGGCAGGCUUGCUCUCUCUGUCUGUACAGGCGCAGUGUGUACAGCUCGGCUGGCCUCCCUCCGCACUUGAAUGGACUAGAUUCCCAGCCACGUAAGAAGCACAGCGGCACCACGGGAGAGGAUGUCCUGCUGAAUCGAGGGAUUGGCCUGGGAAAGUCGGCCGGCCGUCCCUUCCUUCCUUCCAUCAGAUUUAUAUCAGCAGACACUCAAGAAAGACGACACUUUUAUUCCGCAGGACUGGACCAGCAGAAAGAGAGAGGACGUCGACUCCCGCACACAAAGAGCCACAGCAGUCUUUUUUCCGGAUGGGGGUUUCUCCUUAUGUGAUAGAUGACAAUCAGCGUGCAUGGAUAUGAUCCCGGGGAACAAGGCCGUGCACUGACCUGGUACUAGUUAGCCAAAGGAGCUAACUAGUUAGCUCUGCACCUGCUAGCUACUAAUAGUCUAAAAAGUCAGCAGCUAUAAUUGGGCUGGAAAGUUGCUUUAUUUGUUUCUAUUUUUGCAUUUUUUCCCUUGCCUGACAGCUGUGUCUUAUAAAUUGUUUCCGUUUUAUGAAACGUGCCAUACCGUUAACCGGCAAGAUAAGCUAGCAAGACGAGCUGCGGGUUUACUCUUCAUUCAUUUUAAAAGCUAACUUUUGGCAACCUUUGUUGCAGUUUUGUUCGCACUUAACGUCAGUGAAGCUGCAGCACGUCUGCACUACGGGGUUUCAUCCAGCUUAAGUCAGUAAUUCUUAAUUUUUCCUUUACCCCAGUUUCAUCCAAUGAAUGGAAAACAAAGGGGUGCAAGUGAGCAGUAAAAAAUCAGAGACCAAUUUUAGUUGCACGAAAUCCAGCGAGCCAGUUUUGGCUGCACAGAGUCGGUUAGAUUUUGCAAAGGCAAGGUGCAUUUAAAUCUCCUAUUUUUUGUAUUUUUUUUAAAGAAAAAAAUUAUUAUUUAUUUUUUUUACUUUAUGCAAGCGUAACAGAAGUACUUGGACAGAUUGUCUUUCUGCACAACGAAGUGUUAUCCCGACAGAAGAGGAUAAGAAGAACAAGGAGGAGGAAGGCCCCCGAUUUUGUGGAGAUAUCGCACUUAUUCCUCAUGAACAUACAGAGGUCAAAUCCAAUUAACAUUUCACGCUAUGGGAGAUCGCGGCACAAAGCGCACGAUUUCGAAGAAUUGUCUUGUUUAAGGACUACAGAGUCUCAUCAGAGUUUCAGCCCCAACCUCGGGUCUCCCAGCCCGCCGGAGACCCCGGACUCCUCGCACUGUAUCUCCCGCAUCGGGGACUACCUUUUGUUGGAGCCGCUGGAGGGAGACCACGUUUUCAGAGCCGCCCACCUGCACAGCGGGGACGAGCUCGUAUGUAAGGUUUUCGAUGUUGGCCGAUACCAGGAGUCACUGGCGGCCUACUUCGCCCUUGGCCAGCACCAGCACAUUAACCAAAUCCUGGAGAUUUUGCUUGGGGAGACGCGGGCCUAUGUGUUCUUCGAGAGAAGCUAUGGCGACAUGCACUCUUUUGUCCGUACCUGCAAGAAGUUGCGAGAGGACGAAGCUGCCAGGCUCUUCUAUCAGAUAGCCUCGGCUGUGGCACAUUGCCACGACAACGGACUGGUUCUCCGUGACCUCAAACUGAGGAAGUUUGUCUUCAAGAAUGAGGACAGAAGCCUUGUGAAGCUGGAGAGCCUCGAGGACACGUACAUCCUGAAUGGGCACGAUGAUUCCCUGUCAGAUAAACAUGGCUGCCCCGCCUACGUCAGCCCCGAGAUCCUCAAUGCCAGCGGCAGCUACUCGGGGAAGGCAGCUGACGUCUGGAGCCUGGGCGUCAUGCUUUAUACCAUCCUCGUGGGGCGCUACCCUUUCCACGAUGUCGAACCCGGCUCGCUGUUCAGCAAAAUCCGCAGGGGCCACUUCAACAUCCCAGAAACGCUGACGCCCAAGGCCAAGUGCCUGAUCCGCUCCAUCCUCCGUCGGGAGCCGGCGGAGCGCCUCACCUCUCGGGAGAUUCUGGAGCACCCGUGGUUCGCCUCCUCUGGGGCGCUAGGGGGCACUGCAGUGCACAGCAGAGGGGAAAGGGAGCAGGAGCAGAUGGUGCCUGAGGUGAACAUGGAAGAGGAGCUGGAGCAGUUCUUCAGCUGAGCAAACACCAAGCACAAACGGACGACUCCGCCACGGUUGGCUCGCCAAGCUCGCAGCAGAGCCAAAAAAAUAAACAGUAGAGUAGAAGUAAAUAGGUGAAUUUGUCACUCAUAAAAAAAAGGUGUUUCCAUUGUGUUUCCUUUGCCACCAUUUCAUGGAAAACCUUGAGUCUGGCAUGACAAAUGGCAUCUAUACAUCAUCUGGCGAUGCACGUCCCGAUCGGGGAUGUUGCGACCAGAUAUGCAAGUUGCAAACAAUGUAGCAAAUGUUCUUUUUUUUUUUCUGGAUCUGUUUUGUUUUAAAUGUGGUGCUCAUAGAAGUAGACACAUUCACCUUUUUUUUUUCUUUUUUUGACACUAUGGAAAGCAUGAAGGGACAUACAAACAAGGAAUCCGAGGAGAACAAUCCUAAAGGAACUGACAGACUCUUAACACCCCAGCUCUUUUUAUUGGUUUUCUUUAGUUUGAUGUCAUAGCUUUAGGCGGUCAUAGUUCUGACCCAGGAGCAUCGUAUAAACGGAGCAGGCGUUUUCUUGUGGUUGUCAUCAUAAUCGACAUGGCUGACCUCGCCCUUGUCUCAUGGUUUUAAGUUUUAUGUCGUGUGUCCAUGUCUCGUUUGUCUGUUUUAUAUUGUUGAAGAUUCUGACAGUCACUAAACUCCUCAAUGGCCUUGUCUUUUGUUAUGUUUCCGCCUCCUCCUGUCUCUUACCACACUUUUUGUUUUUCCACAUUACUUUUGUAAAGCAUUUUUGUUUUUUUUAAAAAGCUAUUCCAGUCUAUUGUUACUGCUGCUUUAUUGUCACUCUGUACACCUCAAUCUUAAUCUAUUUUCAUAGUCAGCCUCCCCACACGGUAUCAUGCACUUGAUGUAUUAGGUGAAAGGAUGAUUCCACCUCUAAAAUUAGCUUACUUUUUUUUUAAAAAUAUAUAAUUUAAUUCCAUUCUUCAGUUGUAGGAACAAGAACAUAACAUUUAUUUAAAUUGUAACAGCUAUAUUAUAUAUAUAUAUAAAAUAAAUAUAAAUUUAUAUAUAUAUUUAAAACUACAUUGCAGGGUUUUUCUUUAUCCAGAGAUUCCUUUUUCAUGUAUGAUGUAGGCAAUAUCUUGACACAGGACAGGCGCCAACAGAGAAAAAACAAACAAAAAAAAAAGGUCUGUCUGAAGUUUUAGAAUACACAUUAUCUUCUGUGCCAGUAUUCCUGUACCCCCGACAGCCUCAUGCCACCCAGUCUCCCUCACUUCUUUUUAAGAAAAUUGAUAUGAGAUAUUCAGUGAUAGUAUUGCUAUGACAUGCUCACUCCAGAACCUCAUGUUAGGUUGUUUUUUUUAUUUUUAUUUUUGUUUUUCUACUCCCUGCUUAGGUUCUGUGAAACGGUCAUGCUCGAAAAUGGGUACCAGUGGACACGUUUUGUCGUAUCUCAAUGUUACUUGAAUUUGUGUUUUCCUUAACUAGACAUUGGCAUGUGCUCCAUGAAUGCUAUAGCCUGCCUAGCAAAGGGUGGGAGGUCGGGGUGGGGUUAGGAGGGUGCUCGUUUUUUUUUCUUUUCUUUCUUUCUUUUUCUUUUUUUUUUUUUUUAAGAAAAGUUUAAAAACAGGAAAAAUUCUCAGUUUGCUGCUUUUCUGAGUUGUUUUUGGAUUUAAACAGUAAAACAGCUAUUGCUUUCAUCGUUUUUGUAGACUGAGCUACCUUUAUUUAAGCUGGUGCUGAUUUGGUGCUAAUGUUUAGUCCUUUUUUUUGUUUCAUGGAGGGGGGAUGGUGCAUGGUGGGAUAUCUGCCUCAGAUGUUCUGAUUGUAUCGUAACAGAUUCUGGUGUUUUGUCCAAAUUUAUUCAGUAAAAUAAAUUGUGAACUACUACUGGA